UCCGCUUGUUGCGUCCUCCAGCUGUUUUUGAUCGCAGGAACGGAACGCGCCCUCUGCGCGCGGCCCUGCCUCUCUAAAAUUACAAGCGAAAACGGCCACGCCUGUUGCAAAAAGAGGAGAAGAUUACGGAGUAAAAGCAGAAAUAUUUCGCUGCAGCUGAGAGAAACUUUCCGGAUAGAAAAUGUCUGGAGUGGCAUCAACACUCGCCAAAAAGAGGGCACUGGCUGCUGGGUUCGGCACGAAUGGCAACGCCGUGAAAUAUAUGAACCAGAACUUUGAGAGUCUCAGAAGUGAAUGUCUGAGCCGAGGUGAGCUCUUCUGUGAUCCCACAUUCACAGCUGCACCAGAAUCUCUGGGCUUUAACGAACUCGGUCCACGAUCGUCUAAAACCAGAGGUUUACAGUGGAAAAGACCAGGGGAACUGACAUCCAAGCCUGAGUUUAUUGUUGGAGGGGCUACAAGAACAGAUAUUUGCCAAGGAGCUUUAGGUGAUUGUUGGCUCUUAGCAGCUAUCGCCUCCCUAACCCUAAAUGAAGACGUUCUGGCCCGUGUUGUACCAUCCAACCAAGGUUUUGGGAAUGACUAUGCUGGUAUUUUCCACUUUCAGUUGUGGCAGUAUGGGGAAUGGGUCGAUGUGGUGGUGGAUGACCGCCUGCCAUCUAGAGAUGGAGAACUGCUGUUUGUUCAUUCAGCAACCGGCUCAGAGUUCUGGAGCGCCCUGCUGGAGAAGGCGUAUGCCAAGGUGAAUGGAUGGUAUGAAGCUUUGUCUGGAGGUUCAACCACUGAGGGCUUUGAGGAUUUCACCGGAGGAAUAGCUGAAAUGUACGAGUUGAAACAAGCUCCAUCCAACAUGUUUCAAAUCAUCAAGAAAGCCUUGGAUUGUGGAGCUUUGUUGGGCUGCUCCAUAGAUAUCACCAGCGCUGCAGACUCUGAGGCCAUCACUCAUCAGAAGCUUGUGAAGGGUCAUGCUUACUCUCUUACUGGAGCGAUUGAGGUUACUUAUAGAGGCCGGAAGGAGAAGCUGGUCCGGGUUCGAAAUCCUUGGGGCCAAGUGGAAUGGACAGGGGCUUGGAGUGACAACUCUUCUGAGUGGAAUGCAGUCGAUCAAUCUGAACGCGGAAACGUCAAAGCAGAAGAUGGAGAAUUCUGGAUGUCAUUUUCCGAUUUCUUGAGACAUUAUUCUCGUUUAGAGGUGUGCACUUUGACCCCAGACACACUGACAACUGACUCUGUUAAACACUGGAGCACGAGUAAGUUCGACGGCAGCUGGAGAAGAGGCUCAACAGCUGGUGGAUGCAGGAAUCAUCCUUACACAUUCUGGAUGAAUCCUCAGUUUAAGAUCAAACUGAAUGAGGAAGACGACGAUCCUGAUGAUAACGAAGUGGGCUGCAGUGUCGUCAUCGGUCUGAUCCAGAAGAAUCGGCGCAAAAUGCGAAAGGCCGGAGAGGACAUGCACACCAUCGGCUAUGCCAUCUACGAGGUUCCUCCUCAGUUUCACGGCCAGAAGGAUGUUCAUCUGGAUAAGAACUAUUUCCUAAGCCACGCUCAGAAAGCUCGAUCCGAGACUUUCAUCAAUCUGAGAGAGGUCAGCACCCGCUUUAAACUUCCUCCUGGAGAAUAUCUCAUCGUUCCUUCCACCUUCGAGCCGAACAAGAACGGAGACUUCUGUGUGCGCGUGUUUUCGGAGAAACAGUCUGAAGUGCAACAAUUGGAUGAUCCUGUGGAGGCAGAUUUAGAAGAUGAGACGGUGUCUGAAGAUGCGGUUGAUUCUGGAUUUAGAGGGCUAUUUACCAAACUUGCAGGAGAGGACAUGGAAAUUUCUGCCUUUGAGAUGCGGACAAUUCUCAACAAAAUAGUUUCAAAACGGACGGAUAUUAAAACAGAUGGUUUUAGUUUGGAUACAUGCAGGAUCAUGGUGAACCUCAUGGAUGAAAGUGGCAAUGGUAAACUGGGGUUAGCAGAGUUUGCCACUUUGUGGAAGAAAAUUCAGAAAUAUCUGAUCAUUUACAAGAAGAAUGACAUGGAUGGAUCUGGCUGCAUGAGUACACCAGAGAUGCGAAUGGCUUUGAAGGAAACAGGAUUCUCUUUGAAUGACAGCAUUCAUCAACUUUUGGCUGCGCGCUUUGGUGAAGCAGACAUGACUAUUGACUUUGAUAACUUUGUGGCCUGUGUGAUGCGUCUGGAGAUGAUGUUUAAAGUGUUUAAGAAGAUUGACAUAGACAACAGUGGGUUCAUUGAGUUAAACUUUACCCAGUGGCUGAUGUUUGCUAUGAUUUAAAGGACCAGAGGAUUUCAAAUAGUACUUUUAUUAUGUCCGUUAACUCACAUGACAGUAAUAUACACACUUGCUUUAUUUGUAUUGUGGACCAAUUUGUAAUCGUGUCUACGGUUGUUGCUAGAGAGAUAUAAGAAAUGUUGACUGUUGUUUUAUUUGAUGUUCACUUACAUGUUAAUCCGUGCUUGCAAGGCAAUAUAAUUCACUCUUUAUAGAAAUUUAAACAAAAUCCUUUACUCUAAAGGGAAACAGGCAAACACUUUUACAUUUUCCACAGAAGUAGAUGUUUUCAAAUUCGUAUUUAUAUAUGUUCAAAUUAAUUCAAUAUAUAUGGACUGACAUAUUUCAUUCCUUUCUGUUUAUAAUUAUAACUUAAUAAUUAAACAUUUUUAUACCCACAUUCAAAUAAUGAAGUGUACCUUAGUAUAGUAAACUGUAGUAAAUACAAUAGCUUACUAUAGAAUAUUAUAGUUAUUUCUAGCUCUGUAGUAGUUAUGCAGCUGUUUGUCAGUAACUUACUGUAGAUUUAAAUGUAUGUUAUUUACUUGAAAAAGU